GUUUGUAUAAGCUUGCUAAAUCGCAUUUUUGGGCUUCAUUCUCAGGCUUGCCAGAUUGCAGAAUCAGAAAUUUUGGGCUUCGUUCUUGGAAUGUGAAAUCAAGAGCUUUGAAGCUUUGUUCUCAGAAUGUUGAAUCGAUUUUGGUGCUUUGUUUUCAGGUUCAUGUAGUACUUGCCAGAACAUUGAAUAAGGAUUUUGAAGCUUCAUUUUCAG